AUGCAUGAACUAGAAGAUGAUGCACCAAACCCUCAUAGACAAGGAGACCCUCCUGAUUUACAACAAAACCACAUAAUGAGAGAUUCCACCCACCGAGGCCGCAUUAGAGAAAAAGAGAUCUUCAACAGAGGCCGAAACCGAGAUGAUGAAGGUAAUAGACAAAAUCAUAAUGACAAUAAACUGACUGCACCUACUUUUUCUGGCAGAAUAAACCCUGAAGCUUACUUGGAGUGGGAGCGAAGAAUGGAGCAUAUCUUUGAUUAUUACUCUUACAAUGAUCAGAAGAAGGUGUCUUUGGCCGCGGCUCAACUAACCAACCAUGCACUAUUUUGGUGGGAUCAAGACGUGUCUGAAAGGUGGAGGCACCACUAUGAACAGAUUACUAGUUGGAACGCCAUGAAAUUCAACUUGAGAAAGAGAAACCGACUUGAGCUAGCUGACACCAAGGAGACCCUCAUGGCUCAGUUUCUUGAUGGGUUAAAAGACCGAAUAGCUAGAAAGGUGGAGAGACAGCCAUAUCAAGACAUGAGUGAUCUCUUGCAUCUAUCUGUUCAAGUGGAGCAACACAUCAAAUGCAAGACUAUUGCCACCAAUCGAGCAAGAAACAACAACACUUGGGCUCUACAGCCACCAAAAGUGUUUGACAAAGGAAAAGCCGUGGAGAGUGACUCACGGUUCAAGAAAACAGCACCUGAAAACUUGAAAGACAGCUCUAAGGUGUCUCGGCCAGAAGCAUGUAAGUUUCCUAGCACUUCACGGGCCAUAGAUGUCAUUUGUUUUAAAUGUCAGGGGCAAGGGCAUACGGCGAGAGAGUGUCCAAAUCAAAGGGUUAUGAUCUUAACACCAACCGGAGACUAUGAGUCUCAAGAUGAACCCGUUGAUGAGGAGCCAGCUGAUCAAGAAUCCGAGAUAGAAUACCUGGACACAAGAGAGAUGUUAGUCAUCAGAAGAACCUUGAGUGCUCUAGUAGACACAGAGACGGUUCAAAGAGAAAACAUCUUUCAUACAAGAUGUACCGUGAAUGGGAAGAUAUGUAGUCUCAUUAUAGAUAGAGGCUCUUGUACUAAUGUUGCUAGUAAGUUCAUGGUUGACAAGCUAGGUCUCGAGACGACAAAGCACCCAAAGCCAUACCGACUAAGAUGGCUUAAUGACGACACCGAGCUGAGGAUCUCCAAGCAAGUCACCAUUCCUUUAAGUGUGGGAAAAUACAAUGAUCGAGUUGUAUGUGAUGUUAUGCCGAUGCAAGUAGGUCAUUUGCUGUUGGGGAGACCCUGGCAGUUUGAUAAAGAGACAAUGCACAAUGGCCGAACAAACCACUACUUGUUCACUCAUGAUAAGAGGAAGUUCCAACUUGCACCACUCACGCCUAUAGAAGUCCAUGAAAUGCAAAUGAAAUUUGCUAAGGACUCCAAGGUAAGUAGGACUAACCUAUUCGUUACUCCUACUAUUGUGUCUAAAGCCUUACAACAUAACACACCUGUGCUACUAAUGAUCUUUAAAGAAGGGCUGCUUUCAGGUUCUAAUGAGCUAGAGCUUCCACCCGAGAUAACUUCCUUGUUAAACAGUUUCAAAGACGUGUUUCCAGAGAAGAUACCAGCUGGACUGCCUCCUAUAAGGGUAACAGAGCAUCAGAUUGAUCUGGUUCCCGGAGCUGUCCUGCCAAACCGUGGAGCUUAUCGCAUGAAUGAGUCAAAGGGGGAGAGCCUUAACCCAUGUGUUGUGACUGUUCUACUAGUCCCCAAGAAAGAUAGCACUUGGAGAAUGUAUGUGGAUUGCCGGGAAAUAAACAACAUCACCAUCAAGUAUCGCCAUCCAAUACCAAGGCUAGAUGACAUGUUGGACGAGUUACAUGGCUCAACAGUCUUCUCUAAGGUGGAUUUUCGAAGUGGCUACCAUCAGGUGAGAAUGAAAACAGCCUUCAAGACUAGGCAAGGUCUAUAUGAAUGGCUUGUUAUGCUAUUCAUCCUCACCAAUGCUCCAAGCACAUUCAUGCGGCUCAUGAAUCAUGUCUUGAGGGCAUACAUCAGUAAGGUCAACAGGUUGGAUCAGGAGAAAGCGAGAGCAAUACAAGAGUGGCCAACUCCAACAAGCAUUGGACAUGUUCGGAGCUUCCAUGGACUAGCAAGCUUUUACCGGCGGUUUUUCAAGAAUUUCAGCAUCUUGGCCGCUCCUCUCACAGCGGUUAUUAAGAAAGAUGUGGCGUUUAGGCAUUGGAGCCAUACCCACACAGGGAGGAAGACUAGUGGUUUACUUAGUGAGAAACUAAGUGGAGCUGCCCUGAACUACCCCACCUACGACAAGGAAUUGUAUGCACUGGUGCGAUCAAUGGAGACAUGGCAACAUUACUUGUUGGCCAACGAAUUUGUCAUACACAGUGAUUAUGAGACACUUAAGCAUUUGAGGGGCCAAACAACGCUUAAGAGAUGGCACGCAAGAUGGCUAGAGUUUGUAGAAGCCUUUCCCUACAUCAUCAAAUACAAGAAGGGAAAUGAGAACAUAGUCGCUGAUGUUCUAUCUAGAAGAUACACGCUCAUAAACACUAUAGAGGAAAAAGUAAUGGGAUUUGAGCACAUCAAAGAGAGCUAUGAAGAUGACCCAGACUUCAGUGACAUCUACCAAGAAUGCCAAAAGAGAGUAUUUGGUUUAUUUUACUUACAUGAUGGCUUUCUAUUUAGAGAUAAACGUUUGUGUAUCCCACAUGGUUUGAUGAGAAAACUCUUAAUGAGGGAAUCUCAUAAAGGAGGUUUAAUGGGGCAUUUUGGAGUGGACAAGACUCUAAGUUUUCUUGUAACAUCCUGA